AUGCCACGCCAAACCCAUUACUCCGAGGAAGAGGCGGACGAGCGUCGCAGCUCCGAUGAGAAGGGCACGGGUUCCAUAUCCAGCGACACCACGCUACUACUGAAUGAUGCCGAGUUCGUCAAGUGGAAACAGAGGGGCGACUCGGGCAUGACCGUGGACUAUCUCGAUACAGCAGAGAGGCAUCGUCACCGAGGUCACUAUCGUCACCUGGCCUCUCUGCUGUUUCUCGUCUCCGCAUGCCUCAACGUGUAUCUGGCGUUUGGUCGCCCGCCGGGAGUUCUCACGGUGCACGACGUCGAUGUGGGAUGCGGCGCCUUUCCUCUCGGGACUGAUCCAUCCGGCUAUGUUCCACGAGAGAUUGGCUAUCCACUUCGCUGGACGAAGUGGGAUGAGAAAGACCAGUUUUACAUAUCUCCCAAAACCUUUGACAGCUGGGAGAACAUACAAGAGUCGGCCGAGCGCCUGAGAGCCGUCCACAAUGACGUUUUCAUUCACUCCAAUGGCCAAAAGGCAACAUACCUUGCCUACGAUGGCGUGCGCAAAGAGUUGCCUCCCGAGGCCGGCCAAUUCGGCCUCGAGCUAUACGGCAUCCAGGCCUUUCAUCAGAUCCACUGCGUGUAUGUCCUUCUCGAAUCCGUCGGCUGGGCACGGCACAAUCGCCCCUCGCAGUGGGACGGCGACCACAUUGCCCACUGCCUCAACACGAUGACGCAGGCGGCGACUUGCCUCGCCGACUCGCGCCCCUUCGCCUACGUCGUGCCGGGUGGACACCGCACCGAUGGCCAGCAGAACUGGUGCCGCGACUUCGGCGCCCUGGUGGACUGGGUGAACGACCCGGUUCGCGAUCACAAUUUCCACUACGAGCUUGAUUCGAACGAUACAGACCACUUCAUGCCCAUCUAUCGCAACGGCUCCAUUGCAGGUAAGCCGGUCGACACGUCAGUCUGGUGA